AUGGAACGAACGGAUUAUCCGGGUUUACUGCCGGGUCAGGCGGUCGAUAUUCUUAAUGAUCGCGUAGCGCAGGUCAAGAGGUUGAAUACCAGUAUAGCGGAUUGGCUUGCAGACAGAUGUAGGCUGGAGGAGCAAUAUGCGGCGGGCCUGCGAAAGCUCGCGCGCAGGCCAAUUGAUGAUAUGGACCUUGGCAUUUUUUCAGUGCCAUGGAAUGCGCUGACAGACUCUAUGAGCAGCCUGGCGGAGUCGCAUCAGGGGCUGGGAGCGAGGAUCGAGGUCGACGUCGAAAGACCACUACGAGAAUUUGCGAGUGCGAAUCGCGAGAUGCAGGCCAUGACGACCAUGCAGGGCAACUUGAUGGCAAUGGCGAAAGAGGUUGAAAAGGCUCAGGACAAGACAUUGAAGCUGCAAGGCAAGGGGGAGAAAGCAGAUGCGAACAAGGUCGCGAAUGCAAGCUCGGAUUACGAUACAGCGAAGGUUCAAUGGGACUCGCAAGCACCAUAUGUGUUCGAGACACUACAAGCGCUCGAUGAGAUCCGCGUGAAUACGUUGCGCGAUCAUUUGACGCAAUACGUGACCCUGGAAGUUGAUCUGAUGGAGAAGAAUCGAGUGGCCGCGGAGUCCUCACUGAACGUCCUGCUGAAUGUCGAGACUGCGGAUGAGAUCAAGACUUUUGCCUUGAAGGCAGCAUCUGCAAGGCGAGCGAGCGUCAGUCGCCAACAGCGGAUCAGCUUUAUGCCAGGCCUUUCCACGCCCGCUCGAGGUGCUUCAUCGAGUGGACCACCCAGCGGACCCAGCAGCGGCUUGACUCCGAUACAAUCGAUUCCAGACGAUCAUAGCCAAGCGUCUGCUGGUACGCCUGAACCUGCGAAGAAGGGCGGGUUGAAAGGUCUCCGAAGAUUUGGUACAGUCAUGUCGAAGAGAAGCAGUAAAAUGCCACAGCAGCUGCUCACGACGUCGGAAUCACCUGAACGAAAGCCCAAAUCGUCACCCUUUGGUGCACUGCGGAGGAACAAGAAUUCUUAUUCGGAGACAUUGGAGCCGCCACAAGAAAAUCCGUCGUCUCAAAGGCCACGCUCUCCGCUUAGAAUAGGAAGCGAAGUCCUUGAACCUCCGGUCUCUCGACAAGCGACAUCAAGCUCGUUGCAAGGACCUCCACGAUUGGACUCAAUUCCUAGUACGAAUGGUAUUGGUUCAGUGACGUCCCCAACAGCGCCUUCGUUGACUCCAUCGUUCGCAAAUGUUGGCCACCAGGGAGAUCUUGCUGAUCUGGUGCCACCAAAGCCUGCACAGCCAGUGGCUCCUACAUAUCUACCUGUGGCAGAGCCCAGACGAGACAGUGAAGGUUUCUCGGUGCCUCCGCAACAUCUCGAUCCCAUUUCGCAAGCCCAAGCAGAGGCUGAGAUGGGUGGCGAAGUGCAGCAACCGCAGUUCAACGUCAACAUUCGCAACGCGCCUAUCGAAGAGGAAGGUGGCGAAGCCGCUCUUGCCAGCAUGGCAGGCAAACUGCAAGCACCUCCGCCUAACGCGCGAAGGGCUGGCACAGUGCGCGGCCGCCGUGAUGCUCGUAAUAGUACUAUAGUAAGCACGUAUGGUCCGCCUGGCGAUUCGGCGCCCGAACAGCUGAUACAGCCGCCUCCUGAGGCUUCGAUGUCGAAUCUUGUGCAAUCCCCAUCUGGCUCUUUCAGCCCUACCGGAUCCUCAAACACCGCCUUCUCGCCCUUCAGUCCCGGCGCUGUUACAUCUCCACUGCAGAGUAGCGUAGUCCCUCUCGCUUCCGACCAUACUGGUGAUAAUCAAUCAAUAAGAUCAGGUCGAUCGCAGCAAAGCACAGCAAGCCAUGGCAUGAAACACCCGGAACUUGUCGAGCAAGGACUAAACUCGUCUAUCAUUGAGACCGUUUCUGCUCGCUUCGAACAUGGACAAGUUGUCAGCUCCUCUCUCGUUGGCGAGAUCGCUCUGGCUUACAAUCCUGCUAAUUUCUCAACCUCGCUCGGCCAGGAGACUAUUCGCAUAGAGAACUUUGCAAUUCUCGACAAGGUGGCGCCUAAUCCAGCUUUUAUCGCUCAGUCAUCCGGAAGAGAAGGUGAAUAUGCCGUCAACCUGGCCAAUAUUACACGAACACAGAUUGCUUUCAAAUACCAACUCCGCCACGACGACGCCACAACGCACACGCCAUUACUUUUGACGCCAGCCUUCAGGAUAGAGCCCAAUCAGGCAUCUGUCAUUGUCAGCUACUCCCUUCACCCUAGCUUCAGCCCGCAAGCCGAGAGCAUCACAUUCUCAAACGUCACGAUCGCAUUCACACUCGAAGGCACCAAAGCCGGCAGCUGUCAAAGCAAACCCGUCGGCACUUUCGCACGAGAAAAAAAUUUGAUCUUCUGGCAACUCGGCGACAUCACGCUCCGCCCAGGCGGCGCACCAGAGAAGCUCCUCGCGAGAUUCGCCACGGAAUCCCAGGCUACCGGCGGCCAUGUCGAAGCUCGAUGGGAAGUCCUUGGUGACGCUGCGCAUGGCCUUGGCAGUGGACUUGCCGUUAGUGUUCAUGCUGCCGCUGAUGGUGCGGAUCCUUUUGCCGAUGAGGCGACGCAAGCUUCGAAUUGGAAGGCUGUGCCUACUGUCAGGAAAUUUGCGAGUGGGAGCUAUGUGGCUAAGUCUUGA